AUGACGUCCGCGGCAGCAAAGACGACGCGCACCGAGGCCGACAUGGACCGCGUCCCCGUCCGCGUCGUGCGCCUCGUCCGCCUCGCGACGGCCGGCGGCCUCGCGUACGCCGCGUACAGGAUCCAUUGGCGCCUCCUCCUCGCGAGCUUCUUCACGGGGCCCGGCAAGAUCAGCCGCAUCCUCAUGCUCUUCUUCGCGCUGCUCAACCUCAAGAACAUGCCCUUCGUCUGGACCUACCGCGUCUGGCACGCCAUCAUCUACCACCUCUUCAUCCGCAAAUCCCCCCGCCUCGGCCCGCGCUCCCUCUUCCGCCCCAUGAUCACCCGGUCCCACGCCCCCAUCACCGAGAUCGACUACAACGUCCACAAGUCCAACUCGACCUACUUCUCCGACCUCGACGUCUCCCGCACCCACCUCUGCACCUACCUCCUCCGCCCGGGCCUCCGCCGGCUCGCCCACAACGCCGCCACCCGCCUCGUCCUCGACCCCUCCACCGGGAAACCCGCCCGCGGCCCCCUCGGCAUCAUGCUCGGCGCCGUCCACUGCUCCUUCCGCCGCGAGAUCACCGCCUACGCCCCCUACGAGAUGUGGUCCCGCGUCCUCGCCUGGGACCGCAAGUGGCUCUACGUCGUCACGCACUUCGUCCCCGCCGGCGCCGCGCGCCCGACCGAGUGGCUCGACCCGAAAUUCGGCACCGCCCGCGUCCGCAGGGGCCCCGGCAGCGGCACCGACAGCAAGGAGUGGGAGAAGAAGAUCUACGCCACCGGCGUGAGCAAGUACGUCUUCAAGCUGGGGAGGCUAACGGUCCACCCGGCCGUGGCGCUCGAGGCGAGCGAGCUGCUCCCGCAGAGGCCUGGGGGUGGAUGGCAGGGCGGGGAGAACGGUGUUGGUGAUGAGAGCGUCGAUUUGAGCGACGUCCAGGACGACGGCGCGUGGGACUGGAGGAUGGUGGAGAAGAGGAGGCGCGAGGGGAUGGUGUACGCGCGGCAGUUUGCCAGCAUGGACGAUUUGCACGGAUGGCUUGAUGGUGCUGAUGGUGGAGACGGGAGCGCGCUGGGCAAGUUCGGGCUUGGUUAA